AUGGCGAACGCCAUUACGCAGAAGUUUCCGCAAUACUCGAAAUAUGCCAAGGACAUCAACAAGUACAUCGGCCUCGCACUGAACUCCAAGUACGAUUUCACAGCACUCAGCGACGCAACCCUGCUCCUCCCCAGCGACACGGAGGCGGAGGCCCUCGCUAAGAAGGUCCCCGUUAACAAAGCCAACAUCCCCAGAAUCUACAACAUCACGGCGUACCACAUUAUUCGCAAGAAGUACACCGUUCCCGCGCUCAAGGUGCUCAAGAAGUCGCAGCCGCUCGGCACGCAGUUGAAGCAAGCGAUGUACAAGGUUUCGCAGCAGAACGGUAACACGGUUUCUUUCGCCAAGACGCCCAACGCCCCCCCUGCCGCCUGGACUACGAUCAAGAUCGUUCGGCUGUACGCCGGUCCGUACUUCAUCGCUCACGGCGUGGAUAAAGUCCUGAUUCCCACGAACACCAAGGUGUAA